AAAUAACUCCCGUCCCUUUUGAGUCCCUAUCGGCAGUACGGUAUUUCGUCCCUUCCUUUUGAUCGCAGCAUUCAACCUUAAUUAUUUGGUUCGCCCUCAGACGUAGCUUGUGUGGGCAUUUGUCGGUUGUCUACGCCUUCUCUCUCGUUCAAGCUCCCAAGGUUAUCAAACAAGCUGCCAGUUUUCCUCCAUCUAGUUUCUAGCCAGUUCGCUCUUUCGCAAUUCUAUCAGGCAAGCCAACCAAACCUAGUAAAUUGCUCUCCAUGGAGUCUUCUAGCUUCAAUUUCGCGUGCCAAUCAACCGAGGUUAGCUGUGUUAACUCGGACGCCAUGUCGCCUAGAAUACCCGAUUCAUCAGACCUUUCACGCGCUGAUUCCAAGGGUUGUUCACAGGAUCCCUUCUCGAGGCUUCCAGACGAACUCGUUAUUGACAUACUCUCGCGAACUGGCAGCGGCGCGUCUGACGUGGCAACCACGUCGCUGACCUGUCGCCGGUUCCACAGCCUGUCCCGUUUCCUCCCCGCGCUAUGCUUCGGCCCUGCUGACGUGUCGCACUCCCAUUCGUCGUCGUCGUUCCGUCACUCGCCGGCCAUCCAGCUCGAAGAGCUUGUAUCGCGGAUGGUCCUCAAAUCGCAGGAGCUGGAGCACCUGCACGUAGCAUCGGCAUUCGCGGCGCCUCAGUCCGCGUGCCCGUCCUGCGGCGGCGCAUCUUGCGGCGGGAAAUGUGCUCACCACUGCUGCUGCGGCUGCGGCUGCGACGCUCCCCAGCAGCAGCACCCGCGCGAGUUCAUCUUCGAAGCGUGGAUGCGCCACGUCGGAUCGCAUCUUAAAUCCCUCGCCCUCUCGCGCGCUCUCCAGAGCCCCGCCGCGUCCCACGCCGCAGGAGACGCUGCAACGACCGUUAACGUGUGGGAAAACGAGGAUCUGAGCUUGCACCUGCGCCACGUGGCAAAUUACUGCACGUCCCUGCGAUCGCUCUCUCUGGGGUCCCUCUCCCUCUCCUCGUCGCUCCUUUCGUCGCCGACCAGUCGCCUGCCGCCCAUGCGACACUUGGAGCACCUGUCGCUCUCCUGGAUUCACGCGUCCAAUGAGAGCCUUCAGGCCAUCCUCGACGCGGCGCCUAAUCUCCGCCGCCUCUCGAUCUUCAUGGCAACGGGCAGCCCGCGGAUAAAUCUUCGCCUGCCCGCUACAGUGGAGCACGUCGAGCUGGCGUACCUGCGCGCUGAGUCCUGCACCCUCCACAACGCGCGCUCCCUCCACUCGAUCUCCAUCCGCGAUAUGUUUAUCCGCGCCGUCCAAAUCCACGGUGCGCCGGAUCUGCGCCACGUGGCAAUCGCGAGCGCGAGUCUGCUGGAAAUCGUCGCUCCCGAGUCGGCGAGAAUUUCGUCGCUGAAUCUUAAAGCCGGUUCGUUCUGCUGGACGGCCAUGCAGACGCUGGUGCAAGCAAGCGGCUCGGAGCUCACCUCCCUAUCCCUGGACUUCUUCUCGGCUGGUUUGGGUGCGCUUACCUCGAGCAUCUUCUCCCUAACCUGGCUCGCAGCCAUGUGUCCGAACCUGAAGGCGCUCAGCUUCGGCGCGCUGCCGUGGCAGCUGGUCGUGUCCUGGGCUGUAGCCUCGGGAGCUCUCCAAGCUGCCGGCGCUGCCACGUCAGCGCGGUGGCCGCAGCUCGAGGAGCUGAAGGUGAAGGUUCAGGACCAGCGGCCCGAGGCUCUGCUGCUGCUGCACGCGGUGCUGCUUCGGAUGCCGAACCUGCAGCUGCUGCAGGUGGCAGCUUCGGUAGAAGAGGAGGAGGAAGAGGAGGUGGAGGAGGAGUGGGAAGAGGAGGAAGAGGAAGAGGUGGUGGAAACGGGAGAGGAGCCUAUGCUGAUUGAGGGGGAGGAAGAGGAGGAGGAGGAGGAAGGAGAUUACAUAACGUUGCAUGAUGAGGGGGAUGUGGAAGAGGGAGAGGAGGGAGAGGAGGGUGAGGACGGCGAGAGGCAAGGGAUGGAGGGAGAUGCGAUGGAGGAGGAAACGGAAGAGGACGACGCGGUACCGGAACGAUUCCGGCAAAGCGUGGUGAUCGCCCAUGGCGGCUCGGCCCUCCUCAGAAGAACGAUCAAUACGGCGUAUGCGGAACGCGCGGAAUACCACGCCAAGGCGGCGAGCAAGCAGGAGCUGUUUAUGAAGGGGUUGAUGUGUCUGCAGCAGCGAUUUUCCCGGGUAAACUUGUGUCUGCCAGUGCUGUACAGAUCGAGCAGUGCGUGAAUGCGCUCCGCAGCAGCAGCAGCCUCCUGCUGCGUCAGCUAAUAACGAAACGACAGUCCGUAUGGACUCAAUACUUACCACAUCGUAGGUUCCCUUUCGUUGUUGGGAUCUUGUUUUAAUGAUAUUCUUUCAUU